UGUAAAUCGCGUAUGCACUAUGCGGAUCCUUUACAGCUGCAUCCCAGAAAUUUCCAACUUUUUGGUUUCUAUACGAGAAGUUUGGAACUGUUUUUAUUUGAUUCGUUGGUACUGUCAAACCACUGAUAGUUCUGUUUUCAUAUUUUCGUUUUCAUUGAUCUAGAAAUCCACCAGUAUUUGUACAGUACCACAAUGCAUCGAGCUCUGCUCACGUUGUUGCUUGUGCUCAUAUCAUCAUGUUAUGGGUUGUAUUUCCAUCUUGGGGAGACCGAGAAGAAAUGUUUUAUGGAAGAAAUCCCAGAUGAAACCAUGGUUGUAGGAAAGUACAAGGUUGAAUUUUUGGAUAUCAACACGAACUCGUACGUCCAUGUUCCGGCUGGAAUGGGAAUGCAUGUGGAGGUAAAAGACCCAGAGCAAAAGGAGCUGUUAUCGCGCACCUAUGGUGCUGAAGGUCGAUAUACUUUCACAUCCCAUACACCUGGAGAGCACACAAUGUGUUUGUCGACGAAUACUUCCCGGUGGUUUGGAGGGAGUUCUUUGAGAGUCCACUUGGAUAUUUCUAUUGGAGAGCACGCCAACGAUUACAAGGAAAUCGCUGAAAAGGAUAAACUCUCCGAAUUGCAGCUUCGCGUUCGGCAGUUAUUGGACCAAGUUGACCAGAUCACCAAAGAGCAAAAUUACCAACGGGUACGGGAAGAACGAUUCCGGCAGACCAGUGAAAGCACAAACUUUCGAGUGUUAUGGUGGAGUUUCAUCCAGGGUGGCCUGCUUUUAGCUAUUGGAUUUUGGCAGAUGCGACAUCUUAAGAGCUUUUUUGAAGCUAAGAAGCUCGUGUAAUCUCUUUUGCUGUUUCGCGGGAUUUUCUUUCAUUUGUGGGGGCGGUUUUUACGGUUUUAAUUGUCGCCGGUAUUGACACUGUUUGAUGGACGAACUGGUGUGAUCGUCGUUUAAUUAGCGGCUAUGUUGCUCUUGAACGCACGUUGUUUAUAGUGCGAUUGAUUCCAUUGUCAUGCGAUAAUGUGUAAGCGUAGAACAAGACAAUUAGCGCUGGCAGA